AUGCCAUCCAUUUACAAUAACAAUUUAAAUAUUCGACGAAUUUUUAUAUUUUUACAAUUGAGAUUAUUUCAAUUAUUAUUUAUUGUGAAUAUAAGUUUAUUUAUAUUACAAACACCUUUAAUAUUAACCUCAAUUAACGAAAAAAUAAAGAAUAAAAAUCAACAAUUAAUUAACAACAAAGAAAAUAAUAUUUUUAUUAAUUCUACAAAAUUUAAAAAUAAAAAUAAAUUUAGUAGAAGUGUUAGAUUAUUAGAUAAAAAUGAAAGGGAAAAUAAAAAAUAUCCUUUAAUUGUUGGACCUGGUGAAAAAUUAAAUGUACCAACUAAAGGAGGAACAGUUCCCAUUGAAUGGUUUAAUCUUCGGAUUGUUGAUCCACAAAGAUUUGGUAGAAGAUUGGGAGAUUUACGUUUUGAGGUUGAUACUCGAAGAUUUUCUCGUCGUGCAGGUGGUGGGGGGAGGUUGUCUAAAACAGAAAAUGGAAAUUGGGUUACUCCAAAUUCUGAACAAUUUGAUUUGGAAGUAAAUGUUGAACAGCAAAAUGAAAAUAUUAAUGGGGGGAGAGAAACUCCAAAAAUUUUAAUUGAACCAAUUGGGGAGGCUAUUCAUUUAAAAAUUGGGAAAAGACUUCAACUUGGCCCUCAACAUUUACGCAUUUAUGACCCAGAUACACCAAAUGACCGUGUUUGGGUGAAUGUUGAAGAAAUAAGUAGUAACUCGCUUGAUUUAAUUGACAAAUUAGAUGCUCGUUUAAGACGGUUUUCACUUGCUGGAUUUCUCAAAGGAAAUGUUCAUUUAAUUGCUUUAGAAAAUUAUGAAGAAGAAAAUGAAGAUGAUAAAAAUGAAAAAAUGAAAAAUGAAGGAUUUAUAACAUUUUUAAGUUUUUUUGAAUUAAAUUUAGAAAAAAUUAGUUUUUUGGAGUGA